AUGCCUGUUCCAACUAAUUUACCACAUAAACAUCACGACGAAAUCAACGAUCAAGGGUUCACUGUUGUUCGAAACUUUUUAGCCCCACAAGAUAUUGAACGAUACACUAAAGCCAGUGAAGAUUUAGUUGAAUAUGCUCGUGCUGGUAAAUGGCCCCAUGUAAGAACCAGAGGUAAACAAUUUCCUCCAUGGCCCAAAAACUUCAGUCCCGAUAUCUGGGGAGUAACUGGGUUGCUUCAUCCGGACUUGGGCGAAUUAUCGUACCCAUUUCAUGAUCUUUAUGCCAAUGACAAAAUUUUAGCCAUUGUGUCUGAUAUUUUGCAAAUUGGCAAAGACGAAAUUUCAAUGGAAUUGCUCAACAUGUUGAUUAACCCCUUGACUGAUUUCGAAUUGGAUUGGCAUCGUGAUACCAUCAAGCCGGAAGUAACUCCAGAACAAGAAGAUAAAGAAUUGUUGGAAAAUCCAUUUGCUGGUGCUCAAUUCAAUUUGGCUUUGACUAAUGAUGACUGUCUUAUUGUGGUUCCGGGAUCUCAUAAGAGAGUGCGUACACAAGAGGAAAGAGAAAAGACGGUUGAUGAAUCAAAAAGAAAAGAAUUCAUUACUGAUCAGAUUAAUGUGGAGUUGAAACCUGGUGAUGUUGUAUUUUACAACAAUAACAUCUUGCACCGUGCUUCAUAUUCAUCAAAGAAUAAAAGGUUAACUUUGCAUGGAUCUUAUGGGAAUGUAAAGUAUGGUAAAGCAAGAGCCAAGGGGGUUUUGCAACACGGUGUUGCAGAAUGGUUGCCUCGUUUACAACCAAAGAAUGAAGAUUUGGAAAUGUUGAAGUUGAAAUUGGUCGAUUUGGCAAAACAAUUUGAUGGUGUUAAUUUGGGAUUUGCUUUAGAUGGAUAA